CAAACUUUCAGAAGCCCACAGGAAGCAGCUGGUGGUGGUGGUGGUGAGUUCAGAAAUCAGAAACAUGUAAUUGCUGUUUACUGUUGUAGUGUGAAGAAGAAGAAGAAGAAGAAGGUUCCAAGUCUACGGCAUCAGACAACCAAACGUAACGGUCGCUUCUUCCAUUUUCUCUUUUAAAAAAACCCUAAACUAAGCUCUCUUCUCUUCUCCUCGUUUCCCCCGCCACCGUCACCGCCACCGAGGAAGGAGGCUUCUCUUCUCUCUGUUUCCUUCCCUGCGCAUGCGGGGUGGGGGGGGGGGGCAGAAUGUUCUCUAUCUCCCUUCUCCAUUCUUCACCUCCAAAGCUUUUCCUCUCUUCUCUCUCUACUCGCUUUCCAUCAUUCCACUCUCUUCCUCUUAUCUCCAUGACUUCUUACGCUACAUCCCUCCGCAGAGGAUGCCUCUCCAUCUCCUUUCCCCUCUCCGUCGCCGCUGAUCACGUGUCCGACACGGGACCCGAACAGACGACCCGACAGACCAAUUCUAUGCACAAUCUCAAGAUUGGGAUAAUCGGGUUUGGGAACUACGGGCAAUUCCUCGCUGAAACCCUAGUCGCUCAGGGCCAUACCGUCUUAGCUCACUCCCGAUCCGACCAUUCCCGCGCUGCAAAAGAGCUCGGGGUUUCCUUCUUCGCUGACCCGCAUGACCUCUGCGAAGAACACCCGGAAGUGAUCUUGCUUAGCACCUCGAUAAUCUCCACCGAAGAGGUCCUUAAAUCAUUCCCCUUGCAGAGACUGAAGCGGAAUACUCUGUUCGUUGAUGUACUAUCGGUGAAAGAGUUUCCCAAGAAUCUGUUGCUAGAUGUUUUGCCAUCCGAUUUCGAUAUAAUUUGCACUCAUCCCAUGUUUGGACCGCAAAGCGCAAAAAAGGGAUGGAAUGAAUUGUUUUUCGUGUAUGAGAAAGUUCGGAUUGGGGACGAGGAAUUGAGGCUAUCACGCUGCGAGAAAUUUCUUGACAUUUUCGAGAGAGAAGGGUGCAAAAUGGUGGAAAUGAGCUGUGCCGAGCACGACAAGUACGCUGCGGAAUCACAGUUUAUGACGCAUACUGUGGGGAGGGUUCUGGAGAUGUUGAUGUUGGAGUCUACGCCUAUUAACACCAGGGGAUACGAGACUUUGUUGGAUUUGGUUGAGAACACUUGUGGGGAUAGCUUUGAUUUGUACUAUGGCUUGUUUUUGUAUAAUAAGAAUGCAUUGGAAAUGAUUGAGAGGCUGGAUUUGGCAUUCGAGGCCUUGAGGAAGCAGCUUUUUGGGCGGCUGCAUGAUGUUGUGAGGAAGCAGUUGUUUGGCAAUGGAGACAGGGUGCAGAGUUUGCAAGAAGAUUAUCAGAAUGGUGUUUCAUUUAUAUCUUACUCGAGCAAAAUGAGAUCUAAAGAUGCUGCUCGAGCGUACGAGUAUAAAGCACAGAUCUCUGGCAGUGUCAAUGACAGCUCAAAGCUCAAGGUUGCCAUUGUUGGAUUUGGCAACUUUGGUCAGUUCCUUGCAAAGGCAUUCGUUCGCCAGGGUCACAGAGUUUUAGCUUAUUCUAGAACUGAUUACUUUGAUGUAGCUCAGGAAAUGGGGGUUUCUUACUUUUCUGAUGCAGAUGAUCUUUGCGAAGAACAUCCUGAGGUGAUUCUUCUUUGUACUUCAAUUCUUUCAACAGAAAAAGUUCUUAGGUCUUUGCCAUUCCAGAGACUGAAGAGAAGUACCCUAUUUGUUGAUGUACUCUCUGUGAAAGAGUUCCCAAGGAACUUAUUUCUUCAAAACCUGCCAAUAGAUUUCGAUAUUCUUUGCACACAUCCAAUGUUUGGACCAGAAAGUGGUAAACAUGGAUGGAAUGGCCUUCCCUUUGUUUUUGACAAGGUUAGGAUUGGAAGUGAUGAAGCAAGAGUUUCUCGGUGUGAUAGAUUUCUUGAUGUUUUUGCACGAGAAGGUUGUCAAAUGGUGGAGAUGUCUUGUGCUGAACAUGAUUGGCAUGCAGCAGGCUCGCAGUUUAUCACACAUACAACAGGAAGGAUUUUGGAGAAGUUGGAUUUGGAGUCAACACCAAUUAACACAAGAGGAUACAAGACCUUGUUGAAUUUGGUGGAGAAUACAGCUGGGGAUAGUUUUGAUCUUUACUAUGGGUUAUUUAUGUAUAAUGUAAAUGCAAUGGAGCAACUAGAGAGGUUGGAUAUGGCUUUUGAGACAUUGAAGAAACAACUUUUCGGGACAUUGCAUGGUGUUCUUCGCAAGCAAUUGUUUGGAAAUGCUGAUGUGUUUGAAGUUGUGACAGAGAAAGCUGUCCUGCAAGAGCUAUCUCAAAGUGCUUUUACAGCGGUAUCUUCUUCAGGAGACUCUUGAUGUUCAGAGCAAGUUCUGAUUUCUUAAGCUUCUGGAUUUUACUUGGAGCUUGUGAUGACAUGCCAAGUUUAUUGUUCUACUGCAAUGAAAUUUGGUAGGGAUUGUGACACUACUGAAGUGGUACAAUUCUGCUGAAGGAACACAAGGACAAUGAGAAGGCCGGCCAAGAUGGAAAGCACAACUAGAGAAGAUGUGAUUAUGUGAUAUCAAGUGAAGUGCGGUUCUUUUUGAAUUGAAAGCCUUUGCUUUUUAUUCUUUGAAGCUUUCUUGUACUUAUUUUCCACUAGGCUGUUGUUUAUUGUAUCAUUUGUUUAGUUUGUAGUAUCAGAACUCCAUUUUUAUUGAUUAGAGGAGGUCCAUAAAGGUUUUUUGACCCUGUUCGCCUGUGAUCAUUUAUAGAUAACUGAAAAUCAAUAAAUUAUUUGUCCA